UAGAUCUACUGAAGUGCAUAUUCUCUUCAGAUACUCCCUUGACUGAUGUGUUCUUAACGAAAGAGAGACCAUGUGUCAUUUCGAAGGUGCUUAACAUGCCAAAUCUAGAAGAAUCUGGAGGUGUAGUUCAAUCAAACAUAGUAAUGUCUGUCAGUGUGUUCACCAGAAAACAGGACAAGAAGGUUCUCUAUAUUGAAAGUGAAAAAGACUUCGUUGAUCUUCUUUUCACUUUCCUGGUUCUCCCUCUGAAUUCUGCAUGGAAAUUAGCUGGAAGCAAUCUCGUGCUAGGAUGCAUCAAUAACUUGUGUGAAAGCUUCAAUAGCUUGAGCUCUAUUGAAGGGAGCAAUGCAUUCAAUAGCAGAUGUGUGCUUCCUUGGUAUUAUAGUUGCCAACAACCUCUGCUUGAUGUUUGUUAUGCCGAACGUGAUAAGGAUUUAUCAUUGGCUACAUACCCAUAUACACAUAAACCGAUGGAUCCACGAUGCGAUAAAACUGCUGAAGUUGGAGUGUGUAGUGGGUUUGUGAAGAGAGGCACAACGUUUAUGGUCUCAGAUGAUCUUACUAUCAAACCUAUGGAUUUAUCAUCAACCAUUUGCUCACUGAAGAAGUGGAACAUGGACUUGGAUGAUAUAGAGGAGCAAGUAAUUAACAUUAGCAAAGCAGAGGCUAUCAGACUAUUGAGAGCCUCAUUCGUGACUUCCACUGCCUUGAACACAGUUUUCGAGAGCUUACUCCAAAAGAAACCGAAAGAAGAGAAAGUCUAAGGCAUCAUUCCAUGCUUCUGUUGAGCAGAUUGAUUUCAAUUUAAGAUUUUGUUAAUUUCUUUGUUAUUCAACAGUAAUGUUUCUCAACUUUCAGUCUUAAUAUGUUUUUGCUUGAUUUCAAGUGUUAUCAUUUCUGAAUAAUAACAUAAUAGAUUAUCUAGACAGACUGACAAUAUUGGUAAAUAAUGCUAAGCCAG